AUGGAGGGCUCUUUCGGUGUGAGAAAAGGUGCAUGGACUGAGGAGGAAGAUAUUCUACUCAAGCAGUGCAUUCAGAAGUACGGUGAAGGAAAAUGGCACCUGGUUCCUGUCAGUGCAGGCUUAAAUAGAUGUAGGAAAAGCUGCAGACUGAGGUGGUUGAACUACCUGAAGCCAAAUAUCAAGAGAGGAAACUUCGCCGCUGACGAAGUUGAUCUUAUGCUCAGGCUCCAUAAGCUGCUAGGUAACAGGCAAGUCUCGCUAGCAAAUAAUAAUAACUCCAAACACAGAAUGUCAUUAGUUAAGACUACUGCAACUUACUGAAGAUACGAAAACCAUUAAAGAACCAAAGAUUAAUUAAUUUAAAAUUUGGGUGAAAACUAGGACAACUAAU